CACGCCCACCCCGCGGAUGGGACUCCUCUACCUUCCCGGCAGCCCCCGCGGCGGGACAAGAUGGUGGCCGCCAUGGCGGCGGGGCUGGGCCUGAGGGUCCCGCGGCUCCUCGGGCAGGCUGCAGAGUCCCUGGUGCGCCCCGGAGCGGCUCCGUCCUGCCUCGUCGUCCCGGUGAGAACGAGGAAGAGGAAGAGUUUUGCGGUCCCCGACUGGGCCCGGGAACUGACUCCCGAGGAGAAGAUGUGGCGGCUCAAGUCCGCGGCGCCGAUAUUUCCCGACGAACACAUAGAACGGACCUUCUACUUGGCUUCCACAGCUGACAUCAUGGAUCCAUAUGUCCCUCCCGAGGGCGAUGCCCGCCUGUCCACCCUGUCCAGGGAGGGGCUGAAGCAGAAGAUGGAUAAGCUGAAGCAGACAGCGGCCUCCCAGCUGGCCCUGCGGAAGAUCAAAGAUCACGACCCGGAUUUCAGCACUAAAACCUUCCCAGAGAAGGCUCAGGAGAUAUUUAUUGAAGCUCACAAUUCCCUGGCAAAUUUCAACAAGCAGAAACUUCACUCCCUGGUGACCGAGCGCUGCUACCCUGACAUGGUCCGUGGGAACAGGUACAAGACCAUCAGGUGGAGGUUUGUGGAGUCCCUGGAGCCCCCCAGGGUGGUCCAUGUCCGCUGUGACAGCCUCGUGAACAGGGGCAACCUCUAUGGGCAGGUGACAGUGAGGAUGCACACCCAGCAGAUUUUGGCCAUCUACGACCGCUUCGGGCGGCUCAUGUACGGUGGGGAGGAGGUGCCCAAGGAUGUUUUGGAGUACGUUGUGUUUGAGAGGUACCUGGUGAACCCCUAUGGCUCGUGGAGGAUGCAUGGGAAGAUCAUCCCGGAGUGGGCCCCUCCAAAGGAUCCCAUUGUCAAGACGGUGAUGAUCCCUGGCCCGACCCUGGACCCCUCACAGGAGUAUGAAGAAGUGAAGUAGGAAGUUCUGGAACCUGCACAGGGACAGCAGUGCCAGCAGCCUGGGAGGGAGGCAGGACUGGGAAUGGUUGGAUGUGGCUGUGCCUGCCCUGGGAGCGGCCAGCAAACAAAGUGGCUUCAGAAAUGGACUCCAGUCACCCCAAAUCUGUCCUUAAAGGAGCGAGAGGGGCUCGGGAGAGGGAUUUGAAUGAGCCCUGAGAAGGGCUUUGCUCUGUCCAAGGACUCUCUGUGCUGCAGCUUCACCCCCCUGUUUGUCCUCAGGGCCAUUCUCUGUCCUGGACUUCCAUUGUGAGAGCCCUUGGCUCUUGGAGAGCCCUUGGAAGUGUGUCCAGACGUGGGAUAUUUGUCACUUCCAUGGGAAGUGUCACAGACCUGCUGGUCACUCAUUAAAACUUCCACCAGUAGCUGCUGGCACAUUGUUUUCCCAUUCCCCCUCCCUUUUCCUACUGAUCCCCAACCUCCUUUUUUUUUUUU